UGCAAUGUACAACCCAUCAAACUCAAGCCACAAGCACCCAUCUUUAGCUCUUAUUUGGAACAAAAACUAGUGUUCCUUUCAAUAGUUCUCAUUUCCCCAUCCAAUGGCUGCUUCCACAAUGGCUCUCUCUUCUCCAUCUUUCGCCGGAAAGGCGGUGAAACUCUCUCCUUCCACCCCAGACCUCGUUGGCAGAGGAAGGAUCAGCAUGAGGAAGUCUUUUGGCAAGCCAGGCCCAUCAGGUAGCCCGUGGUACGGCCCAGACCGGGUCCUGUACUUGGGCCCACUCUCCGGUGAGCCCCCAUCCUACCUCACUGGAGAAUUCCCUGGUGAUUAUGGCUGGGACACUGCUGGGCUUUCAGCUGAUCCAGAAACAUUCGCCAAGAACCGUGAGCUUGAGGUGAUCCACUGCAGAUGGGCCAUGCUUGGAGCUCUUGGGUGUGUCUUCCCAGAGCUCUUGGCCCGCAACGGUGUCAAGUUCGGUGAGGCCAUCUGGUUCAAGGCUGGAGCCCAAAUCUUCAGUGAGGGUGGACUUGACUACUUGGGCAACCCUGGCUUGAUCCAUGCUCAAAGCAUUUUGGCCAUUUGGGCUUGCCAAGUUAUCUUGAUGGGCGCCGUGGAGGGAUACCGUAUUGCUGGUGGGCCUCUCGGUGAGGUGACUGACCCACUCUACCCGGGUGGAAGCUUCGACCCGUUGGGCCUUGCCGAUGACCCAGAGGCCUUUGCUGAGCUAAAGGUGAAGGAGAUCAAGAAUGGUAGACUAGCCAUGUUUUCCAUGUUUGGAUUCUUUGUUCAAGCCAUUGUGACUGGAAAGGGACCAUUGGAGAACCUUGCUGACCACCUUGCUGAUCCAGUGAACAACAAUGCUUGGGCUUAUGCCACCAACUUUGUCCCCGGAAAAUGAGCAAAAUUACUGAGAAGGAAAGAAUGCCUAAGCUACUUGUACCUCUGCUAGCAAUGUAAAAUUGGGUGUGAAUUAUGCAGAGAAAUGUUGUGGUUUGCUUUUAUUUUAUGUACUACAAAUAAUUUUUUAUUUUUAUUUUUAUUUGAAUUGUGAAACAUGUUCUUCUUUA